UCUUCGCUCUGCUCGCUGCCGGCGCCGCCCCGUUUAGCUGGGAUCUCCCGGAGCCCCGCAGCCGGGCCAGCAAGAUCCGAGUGCACCCGCGGGGCAAUCUCUGGGCCACCGACACCUCUUGUUCUCCACUUCCUUCUCUGCCGUUCCCGUCCCUCUUCUAAGCAGACAGCACAACUGGCAGAGUUUCUUCCUGGCCCUGGGGCAUCCCACCCUCCUUCCAGCUGUGCCGUCCCCUCCACCCCAUCUACCUGCUCAGGAAAAGCUGAGGUCACUUCAUGGGCAAGAAGAGUCUGGAGCCCCCCAGCCCAUCCCUAUUGGGGACAGCUCCCCACAUCUCCCUGAGGGACCAGAGACUGCAGCUGAGUCAUGAUCUGCUCAGGAUCCUCCUGCAAAAGAAAGCUCUGGGCAUGAGCCUCAGCAGCCCAGCACCUCACACCCAGGAGAGUUUAUCCGGAGAAUCCCGGACAUAGCUAGCUAAGGGUACCGCAGGUCCGCGGCGGCGCUAAGGGACCUCUAAGGCCCCGCCCCCGCGUCAGACCAGGCCGCGCCCCACUCCUCGCGAGAGGGCCGCGCUUGCCCAGGAAGGUUCAGAGGCGGAAGUGGGGUACCGGAAGCGACAGUUGCCAUGGAGUCCGCGGAGGACUGGCUGGUGGAAUCCUUGCGCUUGUACCAGGAUUUCCAUGCAUUCGACCUCUCGGGAGCCACUCGAGUCCUUGAAUGGAUUGGUGACAAAGGUGAUGUGCCCUGCCUGGCCCUGAAGAACCAAUCCUCAAGCUGGAACUCAGGAGCUCAGCCCAGAGGGACCCAACCCCUCUUCUGGGAGCUUGAGGGCCUCUUGGUCACUUGUAGCAAUUUCAUGCCCCGUCAGCAUUAUAUUUCUCUUAUGAAGAAAGAUCUAGAUCUCUUCCAUCCCUCAGUACAAGGCUGCAUACCAAUGGCAGAAGAGUUUGUCUUUGCUUUGGGAGAUUUGGUAGAGUGUCUGGACCCAGCUGUGGUCCAGAAUCUUUCUAGCACUUUGUCACAGCUUAUUCUGCUUCUUUUUCCAGGAAUCUUGGUUGCUGGCUAUGAAAGCCUGAAAAAAAAUGAGAUUCUUCAUCUGAUAUUACCUCUCAGACUUUCUGUAAAAGAAAACCAGGGCUUAUUCCCUGAAAGAGAUUUCAAGGUACGCCAUGGAGGAUUUUCAGACAGGUCUGUCUUUGAUCUGAAGUAUGUACCAGACACCAGGUUGCUGGUGACCAGUGGCCUUCCCGGUUGUUACCUGCAGGUGUGGCAGGUUGCAGAGGACAGCGAUGUCAUUAAGGCCGUCAGCACCAUUGAUGUGCGCGAGAAGGAAGGGCGUCUCUGGCCCAGGAUGGCCAUCUUCUCGUCGGCGGCGCCCGGAGUCCUCCACGGGGCCAGGCUCAGCAGUCUGAAGGUGGUGGAUCUGGAAUCACAGAAGACCACCUACAGCUCAGGUGUCAGUGACGACGAGUUGCUGAGUAGCCUGCAGGUCCUGGACGCAGACACCUUUGCCUUCUGCUGCACCUCGGGCCGCCUGGGGCUUGUCGACACUCGCCAGAAGUGGACCCCGUCAGAGAACCUCAGGCCCGGCUCUGGGUCCGCUGGAGGGAGGUGGUGUGCAGAAGCUGGGGGCCGGGGCCCUGGGCCCAGCAUUGCCAGCCUUGGCUCGGACGGGCAGCUCUGUCUUCUUGACCCCCGGGAUCUCUGCCAGCCGGUGAGCUUGGUCCAGUGCCCAGUGUCCAUGCCUAGCCCUGACCCAGAGCUGCUGCGAGUGACUUGGGCUCCAGGCCUGGACAACUGCUUGGCCAUUUCAGGUUUUGAUGGGACGGUCCAGGUCUAUGACGUCACGUCUUGGGGUGGAAUGGGGCGCCAAGUAGAACCUCUCUUCACUCACAAAGGUCACAUCUUCCUAGACGGCAAUGGGAUGGACACUGCUCCACUGGUCACCACCCACACCUGGCACCCCUGCAAACCGAGGACUUUGUUGUCUGCAGCAAGUGAUGCCUCUCUGCACGUAUGGGACUGGGUGGACCUCCAUGCUGCCCACUGACUCCAGCAUCUUUCCGCCCAGGCCCUAGGAAGCUGCUGUGUAGCAAGGAUAUUGAUUCAAGCUUCAAGUGACCACAGAGCCCUGUUACCAGCUGAGUGGCUGUGGGCAAGUUAACCAGCCUCUCAGUCCCAGUUUCUUUAUUUGUAGAAUGAGACUGGUAAUAACUACCUGGCAGGACUGUUGGGAAAGUUAGAAGUAACAUAUUUAAAACUAACUGGUAAGGGGACUUCCCUGGUGGCACAGUGGUUAAGACUCCACGCUCCCAAUGCAGGGGGCCCGGGUUCAAUCCCUGGUCAGGGAACUAGAUUCCACAUGCAUGC